AGUUGAAGAGGCGGCUGGUCUGGACUGGACUGGAGGGCCCCCUGUCUCCUAUGCAAACUUCUGGACCAUGAGCAGUGCCCUUAAAAGGACCAAGAGAGGCGCCCCCACUGAGGUGCUAGACUGGGUUCUUAGAGGGGCUCCCUGAGGAGGGGUUCUUCCCUGUACCGAAGUCACCAGCCGGGAGCAGGAGCAGGGCCCGGUCUUUGGGAAAUCUCCCAGGUCUGACCGGCCUGCGCGUGCCUCCCAUGAGCGGAGACUUCCCGAAGGAGUUCCUCGCAGGUGGAGACCUGGUGUCGCGAGGCCACAGUCGCCGCUGCCUGUCUGUGGACGAGUCCAGAGCCCAGCUGGAGGAGGAGGAGGAGGAGGAGGAGGAGGAGCAGGAGCAGGAGGGGAAAAAGAAGGAGGGAGAUGGCUUCCACGCUGUGCCCCUCCGAAGGUCGGGGGCUUUCCGUGCCCACAGCCACCACCCCUUCAAAAGACAUAGUUGGGGGCCAGACAGGGACCUCCAGGACCCACUGAGCAGGAGCAAACUGCAGACAUCGGGAUGCACGUGCCCUCAGGAGCCCCCCUUACUGCGGAGCCGAGAGGAGCUGGAUGCCUUCCUGGAAUUGCAGCACCAAGGUGGCCGGCCCUCCCGCGUGGGUCAGAGCUGCUGUCAUCCAUCCGUUGGCCCUUUGGACCGUUCGGCCACGGGCGUGCUUUCCAAGUCUGCGUCCAUGAGUGGCAUCAGUUGUUUCUUGGGCUGUUCCGACCCGGCUGGGAAUUUAUGCCAGCCCUCCGCCACUGACCUCAGCCGAAGCUGUAGCCAACUGGAAGGGGGCUCAGGUACCUGGGUGGACUCCCCCCUGCGCCGGACCCUCAGUCUCCUCCUGGGCAUGACCGGAAAGGCCAAGACCCGCGAGAAGGAGAAGAUGAAGGAAGCCAAGGAUGCCCGCUACACCAACGGGCACCUCUUCACCACCAUCUCCGUGUCGGGCAUGACCAUGUGCUAUGCCUGCAACAAAAGCAUCACGGCCAAGGAAGCCCUCAUCUGUCCAACCUGCAAUGUGACUAUCCACAACCGCUGUAAAGACACCCUCGCCAACUGCACCAAGGUCAAGCAGAAGCAACAGAAAGCUGCCUUACUAAAGAACAGCACUGCCCUCCAGUCUGUUUCACUGCGCAGUAAGACCGCCCCCCGGGAGCGGCCGAGCUCCGCCAUCUACCCCUCCGACAGCUUCCGGCAGUCUCUGCUCGGCUCUCGCCGCGGCCGCUCCUCCCUGUCUUUAGCCAAGAGCGUCUCCACCACCAACAUCGCUGGACACUUCAGUGACGAGUCCCCCCUGGGGCUGCGCCGAAUCCUGUCCCAGUCCACAGACUCCCUCAACAUGCGGAACAGGGCCCUGUCCGUGGAGUCCCUCAUCGAUGAAGGUGCAGAGGUGAUCUACAGUGAGCUGAUGAGUGAUUUUGAGACGGACGAGAGGGACUUUGCGGCCGACUCCUGGAGCCUAGCCGUGGACAGCAGCUUCUUGCAGCAGCAGAAGAAGGAGGUGAUGAAACAGCAGGACGUCAUCUAUGAGCUCAUCCAGACUGAGCUGCACCACGUGCGGACGCUGAAGAUCAUGACGCGCCUCUUCCGCACGGGGAUGCUGGAAGAGCUGCAGCUGGAGCCCGGAGUGGUCCAGGGCCUGUUCCCUUGCGUGGACGAGCUCAGUGACAUCCACACACGCUUCCUGGGCCAGCUGUUGGAGCGUCGGCGCCAAGCCCUGUGCCCCGGCAGCACCAGGAACUUCGUCAUCCACCGCCUGGGGGACCUGCUCAUCAGCCAGUUCUCAGGUGCCAGCGCAGAGCAGAUGCGGAAGACCUACUCCGAGUUCUGCAGCCGCCACACCAAGGCCUUAAAGCUCUAUAAGGAGCUGUAUGCUCGGGACAAACGCUUCCAGCAGUUCAUUCGGAAGGUGACGCGUUCGGCCGUGCUGAAGCGGCACGGGGUGCAGGAGUGCGUCCUGCUGGUGACCCAGCGCAUCACCAAGUACCCGGUGCUCAUCAGUCGGAUCCUCCAGCACUCCCACGGGACUGAGGAGGAGCGCCAGGACCUGAGCACAGCCCUGGGGCUGGUGAAGGAGCUGCUAUCCAAUGUGGACCAGGACGUGCACGAGCUGGAGAAGGGAGCCCGCCUACAGGAGAUCUAUCACCGUAUGGACCCCCGGGCCCAGACCCCCGUGCCUGGCAAGGGCCCGUUUGGCCGAGAGGAGCUUCUGAGGCGCAGGCUCAUCCAUGAUGGUUGCUUGCUCUGGAAGACGGCGACGGGCCGCUUCAAAGAUGUGCUAAUGCUGCUGAUGACAGACGUACUGGUGUUCCUCCAGGAGAAGGACCAGAAGUACAUCUUCCCUGCCCUGGACAAGCCCUCGGUGGUAUCACUGCAGAAUUUGAUUGUACGGGACAUCGCCAACCAGGAGAAAGGGAUGUUUCUGAUCAGCGCAGCACCCCCUGAGAUGUAUGAGGUCCACACAGCAUCCCGGGAUGACCGCAGCACCUGGAUCCGAGUCAUUCAGCAGAGCGUGCGCGUAUGCCCAUCCAGAGAGGACUUCCCACUGAUUGAGACAGAGGAUGAGGCCUACCUACGUCGAAUCAAGACGGAGCUGCGACAGAAAGACCGGGCGCUGGCACAGCUGCUACAAGAGAAGGUUGGGCUGUUCGCCGAGAUGACCCAUUUCCAGGCGGAAGAUGAUGGUGGCGGGGUGACCCUGCCCACCCUGCCCAGGGGCCUUUUCCGCUCCGAGUCCCUGGAGUGCCCUCGCGGGGAGCGGCUGCUGCAGGAUGCCAUCCGUGAGGUGGAGGGCCUGAAGGACCUCCUGGUGGGGCCCGGCCUGGAGCUGCUCCUCACGCCCCGGGAACCAGCCUUGUCCGUGGACCCAGACGGCGGCGGGAGCACGAGUCCUGGGGUCACCGCCAAUGGUGAGGCCAGAACCUUCAAUGGCUCGACGGAGCUCUGCAGAGCUGACUCCGACUCCAGCCAGAAGGAUCGGAAUGGAAAUCAGCUGAGGGCUCCCCAGGAGGAAGCGUUACAGCGAUUGGUCAAUCUCUAUGGACUUCUGCACGGUCUCCAGGCGGCUGUGGCCCAGCAGGACACCUUGAUGGAAGCCCGCUUCCCCGAGGGCCCCGAGCGGCGGGAGAAGCUGACCCGAGCCAACUCCCGCGACGGGGAGCUCGGCCGCAGCGGGCCAGCCCCCGCGGCCCCCGACAAGCAGGCCACCGAGCUGGCCCUGCUGCAGCGUCAGCACGCGCUGCUGCAGGAGGAGCUGCGGCGCUGCCGGCGGCUGGGCGAGGAGCGCGCCACCGAGGCGGGCAGCCUGGAGGCCCGGCUCCGCGAGAGCGAGCAGGCCCGGGCCCUGCUGGAGCGCGAGGCCGAGGAGGCGCGCAGGCAGCUGGCCGCUUUGGGCCAUAGCGAGCCCCCUCCGGCCGAAGCCCCCUGGGCCCGCAGGCCCCUGGACCCUCGGCGCCGGAGCCUCCCGGCCGGAGACGCCCUCUACCUGAGUUUCACGCCCCCGCAGCCCAGCCGAGGCCACGACCGCCUGGAUUUGUCUGUGACCAUUCGCUCUAUCCAUCGACCCUUUGAGGACCGAGAGAGGCAGGAGCUGGGCAGCCCCGAGGAACGGCUGCAGGACAGCAGUGACCCCGACACGGGCAGCGAGGAGGAGGGGGGCAGCCGCCUGUCCCCUCCCCAUAGUCCGCGAGACUUCACCCGAAUGCAGGACAUCCCGGAAGAGACAGAGACUCGCGACGGGGAGCCUGUGGCUUCAGAGAGCUAAGGGGGCCCCUCCCCCGUCCUGUGCCCCCAUGAAGAACACACCGAGGGAGGCAAACUCUGGGGACUCCAAUCCGCCAAUGAUGAGGGAACAUUAGAACUGCUGAUUGUCCUUGCCGGCUCUUGGGCUCCUUGGACACCUGGGGCCGCCUAGGAAGCUGGAGGAAUUGGGCCGCAGUGCCCCCUGGUGGCAUCCAGAAGCUACACCACAGAUGCCAGUUUUUCAUGCCUUCUUCCCUCUACUUUAGGAAAAUUUAUUUAUUUAUUGUUUAUUAGUGACGCAGGGAGUGGGGAGAUUUAGAGCACCAGGGACAUGGGAACCAAGCCAUAGGGAUCAGGGGGCCUUGUCCUGUAACACUACUGGGGUUUAUUCAGGCUUAACCGUGCCGCUGCUGGGUUCUAACCCUGACGCCCCUCCUGGGCAACACCGUCUGUGAGGAGGGGCUGCACCGCAGGACCCUGCUGACCCCCCCCCCCCAAGAGGGGCUGUGGGCAGGGCCACGCCCCUCUCCCUCCCCCUCAGCGUCGCACUGCUCUUCUCCCUUGUCCAUCCUCCCCGGGAGCCCCAGGGAGACCGCCUGGCUUCCUGGCUUCCGGAGCUGAUGGAGGAGGGGCUGAGGUGGCCCUAACGGCUUUGCUGGGGGGUGAGGGGAAAACCCACGGGACCAGAAUGUUUUUUUGUUGUCGUUGUUUUCUUUUUUGUACCAAAGCCAACUGCACGUGUUUUCUAUUUUUAAGAGAUGAUUUUAGGCAAUUAGAAACCACAGCCUUCUAUCUCCGAUUAUCAGAAGAACUUGAGGGGUGGGGGGACCAUAUCCUCAUCUACAGUAAUGGGGGACCUAUUCUGACCUCUUCUCCAGCCGUUUGGGAAAAAUGUUCUAGGGUGAGUUGGGAAAUCUCCGUGAAGCCUGACCUCAUCCCCACCUCAGCAACCGGCACUGGAACCUCAGUGUGAAUUUUGGGGAUUUUUCAGUGGACCCCCAGUGCCCACCAGCCCCAGCCAUUUUCUGCCAAUUUGAUUGUUAAAAAAAGAAAAAAGAAAAAAAAAGAUAAAGCAGGGAAAAUUAAAGACCUGGAACCCCACAAA